AUGGCAGCUUCCCCUCAAUCCAACAAACCCUCCGCAGAGUUCAUCGACAAGCUAACGAACACGGGAUGGAACGACCCUGGUAUUGUGGAGAAAUAUAAACGAGCAGAAGAAGCUUCAAAACCAUUCGCAGAUGUCAUGAUUAAAAAAGCUGGGUUGGAAAGUUUUGAAGGCGAGGUGAAUGCUUUUGAUCUAGCAUGUGGAACAGGUGCUGUAGCAGCAGCGCUCUAUGACAGGAUUCCGAAAGACAAAUGGGGCAGUGUGAAGAUGCUUGGUGGUGACAAAUCAGAGCUUAUGGUUGGGUAUCUGAAUGAUCGGGCGAAGAAGCAGGGGUGGAUAGGGUUAGAAGGGAGGGUCAUUGAUGGUGCUAACAUGUCCCUUCCUCCCUCAACCUUCACCCACUUCUUCAUUAACUUCGGAGUCUUCAUAAUGCCCCUCUCCACCCUCACGCAAUGCCAUUCCUUCCUACGCCCGGGCGGCUUCAUGGGCCUAACAACCUGGGCCUACCUGCCCUGGUACCCGCUCGUUGUGCGCGCCAUCAACAGCCUCCCGUCGCCCCCCCACUGUCCCUCAGAAACCGAGGUUGAAAAACAAGUCUACACCAGCGGCGAGUGGCAGAACCCCUCAUUCGUCAAACGCACACUCGCAGAUAGCGGAUUUGUAGACGUAGACGUGGUGCAGGAGAAGAGGAAGGUAAAUUGUGGCACAGCACAGGAUUUCUGCGAGACUAUGUUUAUGCCGUUGAAAUUAAUGAGUGGGUUCUGGGCGCAGGAGGGAGAGGAGAGGGAGAAGAUGCUGCAGAGUGUGACGAAGGAGUUGGAGAGUUGCAUUGUGCAGGAUGUUGGGGAGGGCGGCCAUAUCAUUAUGGAGUUUGAGGCGAUAAUUGCGACCGGGAGGAAGAGGGAGUGA